CAGGCCUGCACGUUGCAGAGGCGAAAGCUCCGGGGGUCAUGGAGCAGGAACUCAGGAGCAUCCCGGCCUCGAAGCUCGAUCAGUUUAUAGAGGUUCAUCUUCCGGACAUCAGCUUCCGUGAUGAACUCAGAGAAGUCAUCGAUGUCCUGUGUAUCCUCCUGAAGAAUAGAUGCUGCAGGGACUCUUCCCACCCAGUGAGGACCUCCAAAGUGGGAAAGGGCGGCUUCUCACGCAAAGGCACCACGCUCAAGGGCUGGUCAGAUGCUGACCUGGUGGUGUUCCUUGACAGUUUCACUUGCUUUGGGGAUCAGUUAAACAGACGCGGAGAGUUCACCAAGGAAAUUAAGAAACUACUGUUUGAGGUUCAGCGUGAGAGACAUAUUGGAGUGAAGAUCGAGGUCCACAGUUCAUGGAGUCCCAACCAUCGGGCUCUGAGCUUCAAGCUGAGUGCCUCUGACCAGCAGAAGGAGGUGAAGUUUGAUGUGCUUCCAGCCUAUGAUUUACUGGGUCAUGUUUGUAUCCCCAGGAAGCCCAACCCACAAUUCUAUGCCAAUCUCAUCAGUGAGCUCACCUCUCUGGAGAAGGAGGGCGAGUUCUCUACCUGCUUCACGGAGCUCCAGCUAUACUUCCUGAAUUGGCGCCCAACCAAGCUGAAGAGUCUCAUCCGCCUGGUCAAGCACUGGUACCAACUGUGUAGGGAGAAGCUGGGGGAUCCACUGCCCCCACAGUACGCCCUGGAGCUGCUCACAGUCUAUGCCUGGGAGCGUGGGGGUAGAUUAACUAAGUUCAACACAGCCCAGGGCUUCCGGACAGUCUUGGAACUGAUCACCAAGUACAAGCAACUUCGAAUCUACUGGACUGUGUGUUACGACUUUCAACACCCAGAGGUCUCCAAAUACCUGCACAGACAGCUCCAAAAACCCAGGCCUGUGAUCCUGGACCCGGCUGACCCAACAGGAAACAUUGCUGGUUCGAACCCAAAGGGCUGGAGGCGACUAGCAGGAGAGGCUGCUACCUGGCUGCGGUACCCAUGCUUUAAGUACAAGGACGGUUUUCCAGUGUGCUCCUGGGAUGUGCCGACAGAGGUUGAUAUACCAAGCCAGAAUUACUUUUUUCAUAUUAUCUGCCUAAUUUUUUGGUUACUGCUUCAAUUGAUUUUUGGGAAGCAUUCUGUAUAGCCCAAAGUGGCUUGGAUAUCGCCAUCCUCCUGCCUCAGUGCUGGCAUGACUGCAGAGUCGGCCUGAUGUGCCCUGGAUUCCCUCCAUCCUCAAGUGGACAAGAACUGUGCAUCUGUCGUCCUGUGAACCCAGCAGAACCUGCCCAGGAGGUUCCAGAGUCAGUCAUGGCUUUCUGUGCUGCAGGCCCUUGACCCAGAGAGGGAAGGAAGGUUCCCAAGACCCCAGUGAGGGAGGGUCCAACCUGUGAUCAGAUUCCAGGCUUCUGACUCCUGCUCUCAACCUCUGCAUGGACAGCCUUCCUUACAACCUGCUUCAUCUGCCUUGUCCCCUAACAGUGUUCUCUGGGAGACAAGAAAUUCAAAAGGGGGGUGUGAUGGUUUGUAUGUGUUUGGCCCAGGGAGUGGCACUGUUGGGAGGUGUGGCCCUGUUGGAGUGGGUGUGGCCUUGUUGGAGGAGGUGUGGCCUUUU